GUGGUUAGUGCACCGGUCUUGUUUGGUUAAGGUGGACGGGAUAUCCACUUUGGUUGCUAUUGCACAGGAUAGGCUAGUCGAUGUAAUCUUACCUUCCUUGAACUGAAGUCUUGUUCCAGUGGAUAAAAUUCUUGGUGUGAAUGAUGAAGCUCGUAUUGGGGGCAACUGCAUGAGUUGAGUGGGCUGUAUCAGUCAAUACUGAUUCCUCGGUGAGCACAAACUUUCUCCCAUGCACCAUCCUACACGAGGUCGCGAGUCGGAAAUGAUCAUGAAGACCUUCGAAGCAGGAGCAUCACUUCCUAGUGUCUACAACCCUCUUCACACGCCGUCUGUGAAUUACCCUUCGACUUCACCACUUAGCCCAGAUUAUGAUGACCCGGCGUCCGAGUUCAAGGACGACGUCUUCCCUCUCCGCCAACACGACCCAUGGGACAUUUCUACCGAUUUCUCAUACUCCCGUACGUUGAAAUAUGACGUUGAAGAGGGUACUUGGCUUCGUUUGGACGUGCAUCCAGUCUCUGGUGAUGUCGUCUUUGACAUGGCUGGUGACCUAUACUGUCUUCCCCGAUCUUCUUAUACCCAGGAAAAUCUUGUAUUGGGGACCACCACGCGAGCGAUACCUAUUCUCACUGGAGUACCACACGAUUCCGACCCCAGAUUUUCACCGAAAGGCGAUGUGUUGGCCUUCAGGAGCGAUGCGGGUUUGGGUGUGGACAAUAUCUGGGUUAUGCCUUGGUCUGCUGGUGGUUGUGAAGAGAUGGAUGUGCGCUCACCCUCUGCCAUAACUACCGAAGCCAUUGCACUUAAGGAGUACGAAGAUAAUAUCCUUGCUCAAGGUGUCAAGGAGACGGAAGAUCGUAGGUUGAGGCGACUUGAGAGGGAAGGGAGAUUGUCUGCCCGACGGGUUACAAAUGAGACAUAUAACUGGGUGUCAGAUCCCCGUUGGCACCCAUCUGGGAAGAAAAUCAUAGCGACCAAAUGGUACUUCUCAUCGCGUUCUUUGGGCGCCGGAGAAGGAUGGGAAUACCUUGUUCCCAGCCUAGAUGGCAAAGAACACCCCAUUGAAGUCAAUGCAGGCAAGCGUCUCGUUUCCAGAGACCUCCCUUUCGGGUGGGAAAAAUCCGACUACGUCGAACAACAAAUUGGUCAUGAACAAUUUUCGUGGGCAGCAGAUGAUGUCGUUAUCUACGCGGGCAAUGUGAGAGAUUCACAAGGCAUAUUUAAGUACUCCAAAGACGUGCACAAGGGUAUAUACUCCAUAUUCUCGAAGAAUCUGACGAGCGGGCUUGCAGAAGUCCUUGUGGAUGCUUUUCCCGGUGGUGCAAGCAGGCCUACUUUGUCCCGCGAUGGACGUACUCUUGCGUUUGUCCGCCGUGUGGGGGACAAGGAAGCUCUUGCACUAAAAGACCUCGAAACCGGUACGCUGGAUUAUAUCUGGUUUGGUCUGACAUACGACCUCUCGACAAUUUAUGCCCCAAUGGGCACCUACCCGUCCUUUGCAUUCAGCCCUUCCGAUGACGCCAUACUCAUCUGGGCAGCAGGUCAAAUUUAUCAUGUACCACUGUCGAAGAACACUGUAGGCGAGCGCAUGGCUGGCGCUGAACCGCGCCCUGUCCGGUUCCGUGCAAACAUAGAGAUUAAGAUUGCAGACACCUUAAGAGCCAGAACCGAUGUGAGAGAUUUGGAAGAGGGAGACCAACGGCUGCAUGCUUUCACCCAUCUCUCUCUUGAUAACAGUGGCAAGAACGCCGUUUUCCAGGCUUCCGGCGUUACUUAUCUGCAAGGCAUCGGCUCCAACGUUCUUGCUGAGCGCGUUCCGGUGGCCUAUCCCAAAGCAGCAUAUUACUCUCCGUCAUUCGUCGGCGGCGAUGGAACGCUGGUUAUACAUGCCCGGUGGUCCGAUACAUCUCUCUCAGCAUUCGAAAUUGCGGAUUUGAACACUGGGACUAUUUACGAGGUUACGAACCUUCCUAUCGGGAGGUAUUUCAGUCCUGUCGUAUCCGGAGGAGAUACUGCUCAGCGCAGAAUUGCCUUCAUAAAGACGGGCGGAGAUAUCCUCACAGGUGAUGUUGUGGCUACUGCCCAUACAGGCAUUUGGGUCGGUGAGAUCACUCUCCCAACGGAAAACAGGCCGUCUUCUGUAAUAGAGGUCAAGGGUGUCAGGAAGAUCUCCACUACGAUCGACCCAUCAGAUGACAAACUCAAGCUUAGUUUCAUUUCAUCCUCGAAGCUUCUUGUCCAGGAAUCAGACAGGGUUUUCACAGUGGAUCUUGCCCAGGGCGCAGAUGAAUGGGGACGUUAUGUGGAAGAAGAACUUGCGAAAGGCCAUUCUACGGAUGAGUUGGCAUUCUCGCACACUUCUCAGGGUGCAGCCUUCGUCAACUUCCUGCAUGUUUACUAUGCUCCCAAUGUCAAUGCUUCGAUUGCCUUGUGGAGCAAGCCAGGGCAGGCACCUACGGGGUUGACGAGGUUGAGCCUUGAUGGUGGACAUGAUGUUGUAUUCAGCGGGGACGGGACCGUCAUUGGAUGGUUGUUGGGUCCUUACCUUCAUACUGUUCCCGUCUCCCACCUCUCGACCUGCUUGAACGCCGCGCAAGAGGACACCUCGACAUUUGGUAUAGGUUGCGUGAAAAGUCUUCUGAAUGUCACCGAGAUCGCCGUAUAUUACGAGUCGGAAAUUUCUAGACUUCGCUGGGAAGCCAAGGUUCAUACUACCUCUGCUAAUGGGGACGUCGUCACCUUUGUCAAUGCGACAAUACUGACCAUGGAACAUGGCGAACUCUCUGCUGACAUGAUCACGGAAGGAACUGUUGUCCUGCGAGGGGGAUACAUCGACGCUGUAGGUAAAGAUGGUGAAGUCGCCAUCCCAGAAGGCGGUGUUGUUAUACAAGCCGAUGGAGGUUACAUCGUGCCUGGUUUCAUCGACGCGCACGCACACUGGGACGGUGAGUCGGAAACAUAUCCAGCGUCCUCUUGGGAGAUGGAAACGUUCCUUGCGUAUGGUGUAACCACUGUUCACAAUCCGAGUUCGCAAAAUUACCUCGGGUUCGUAGAGCGCGGGCGCGUCGAGAGUGGAUUGAUGAUUGGUCCUCGAAUCUUCCAUACUGGGCAGAUCAUCUAUGGCGCCUCUUCACAUGCGUAUCAUCACGAUAUCGCCAAUACCGAGGAAGCGAAGGAAGCUCUCACCCGAAUUAAGGUGGAAGGUGGCCCCGCCAGCUGGUCGUAUAAGAAUUAUAAUCUCCCAGCGAGAGCUUCAAGACAGCGUCUACUACUGCAGGCGAGACAGAUGAACAUGGCCUGUGUGCCUGAAGGGGGCAUGAAUUUCGAUUGGGACUUGACCUAUGUUGUCGAUGGCAUGACCACCGUCGAACACAAUAUUCCUGUGUCGAUCCUUUACGAUGACUUGCUCACACUUUUUGUUUUGAGCGGUACUGGCACCACUCCUACUCACAUUGUUAAUUAUGGCGGAGCUCACGGCGAACAGUAUCUCUGGGCAACUGAGGAUCUGCCCGGUGACGCCAAACUUAGGCGAUUCACAAGGCAUGACAUUCUAGAAGGUCUGUCGGAGUCUACAGCACGUCCCUUCAAUUCUCUAGCGUUUUUCAAUGUCUCUACAACGGUUGCAACGAUGGUUCACCGUGGUAUCCACGCUCACAUCGGCGCGCACGGUGAACCGCCACUCGGACUCAUGUACCAUCACGAGAUGGCGUUAGCCAAAGUGGGCGGGUUGAGUAACUACGAGGUUCUCCGUGCUGCCACGAUCCACGCGGCUCUGACGUUUGGGUUGGAUGAAUCUAUCGGGUCAGUCUCUGUGGGUAAACUCGCUGAUUUGGUUGUUUACCCUGGAGGGGUCGAUUUAUUGGAGAACAUCCGAAAGACUAGAAACCUCAAAUACGUGAUACGUGGGGGCAGGAUAUGGGAAGCUGAGGACAUGACGGAGGUUUGGCCUGUGAAGGGCAGAAAGCAGGUGUUGCCUCGGAUCAAUGUGGACUGA